AUGAAUUUACAGACUCAAAUGGCAGGACAGUUCUCAAGGCAAGUUUCCAAUCAAGCUGGAACUUCAUUGCCUCCAAUACAACACCAACAGAAUAUGAUGCAGAACUCUGAAGGUUCCCAUGCUUCACUAAUCAUGGAACCUGGUUUUGAUAAAGCUCGAAGAUUCAUACAAGAUAGAAUCUAUGAGUUCCUCAUGCAAAGGCAACAAACUCGGGAGAUAGCUCCAAAGAAUGUUCUUGAUAUUGUUAGACGAUUGGAGGAAGGCUUAUUCAAAACUGCUACAACAAAGGAGGAAUAUAUGAGUUUAGAUACAUUGGAGACUCGUUUACAUACGCUGAUAAGACGCCCCACACAACGAUAUCAGCAACAAAAUAAUGCUUCUGGAAUGGGAACAAUGAUUCCAACUCCUGGUGUCCCUCAAAGUGGGAAUAUGAUUCCAUCAUCUACUGAUGUCAUGGUGUCAUCAUCAGCUGUAAAUCCAGGAAGCUUUUCCAUGAACAGCCAAAUGAUGCCUACUCCUGGAUUUAAUAAUAAUACCACAAAUAAUGUUUCCAUGCUUUCAAAUGUUGACUCAACAAUGGUGAGUCAACCACAGCAGCAAAAGCAACAAGUUGGUGGUCAAAACAGUCGGAUCUUGCAUAGUUUAGGGAGUCAUAUGGGAGGGGGAAUCCGGUCUACAUUGAAUCAAAAAACUUACGGGUUUCAAAACGGGUCAUUAAACAGUAACAAUCUAGGGAUGAUGGGUAAAAGUCAACAGAUGGUCAACAGUUUGGGAACAUCCGAAGGGUUUUUGACAGAUUACGGAAACGCCCCCAAACCAGUUCCAGUUCCAGUUCCACAAUACUUUGAUCAACAUCAAGGACAGAUGGUGAAUGAUGGAUCAGGUAAUUUUUAUGCCCCAGCCACGUCAGCUUCAUCAAUGAUGAACACGAACACAAACACGAACACGAACAUGGUGAAUUUAUCAGCGUUACAAAGGACAAAUUCGCCCUUGGUGGUCAACCAGUCAACCGACCAUCAGCCUGCAAACAUGAAUCAAUCUGAAGAGAUGGAUUUCAGGAACACCAUGCAUUCACAACAGCCUCUUCACUUUCAGCAACAAGUUAUUCAACCUCAAAGACAACAAAAACAACAGAAUCAGCGAUUCCAAUACGGGCAGAAUCAGAAUCAGAAUCAAGUAAUCUCCGAUAUGGGAAAUCGAAUAAAGUCUGAGCCUGGAAUGGAAUCAUUACAGCCACCACAAGUGUAUGAACAAUUCCAGUCAUCUAUCUCUCAAGAUACGCGUUUACCACUGCCUGAAACUUCCGGGCAGCAACAAGUACAACAGCCUAACUUUGGAGGUCAACAAGAGGCAGGUCAAUGGCAGUCAAGAUCUCAAGGUGUCGUGUCAAAUGAGGUGAAAAGACCAAUAGACCCUCCAGAUACUACAGCUGUAUCUAGAUCUGGUAAUUUAGACCGUGAGUUACAAUUCAAUAAUCAAAAAAGGUGGUUGUUGUUCUUGAUGCAUGCCCGAAAAUGCCCUCAUCCGCCCGGAAGCUGCCCGGAAUCGAAUUGCAUCACUGCUCAAAAGCUGUUGAAUCAUAUUCCAACAUGUAUGGAUGUAAAUCAAUGUCCAUAUCCUCGCUGUCAUAGGACAAAAAAGUUACUCCAUCAUCAUAGAAAGUGUAGGGAUGAAACAUGUCCCGUUUGUGUCCCUGUCAAGCUCUUUGUACGGAAGGGCGUACAGGGGCAAAAUAGUAAAAACAUGAAUUCAUCUGUUGUUCAAACUUCAGAAGAUUUGCAUCCCUCCAUGAAACGAAUGAAGAUCGAGCAACAGCCAUGUCAGUCGCCACCUCGACAAACUGAAAACCCGAUAACAUCAUCGGGAUGUAAAGUGGGUCCCACCUCAAGAGGUGAAAAUAGAAGUCCUGUAACUUCGGUUCAAGAAAGUAUUCAGAUCACUACCGAUGUUGCUUCUGUCAUGUUAAAUGAUGCGGGCCCGGCCAAACAAGAAAAUGACGAAAUCGCCCCUGGAACGAAAUCCGGAAAGCCAAAAAUAAAAGGUGUAUCGAUGACAGAGUUGUUUACACCAGAGCAGGUUCGGGAGCAUAUAACCGGUCUCAGGCAGUGGGUUGGCCAGAGUAAAGCGAAGGUAGAAAAGAAUCAAGCAAUGGAGCUAUCAAUGAAUGAAAAUUCAUGUCAGUUGUGUGCGGUUGAAAAGCUAAAUUUUGAACCACCUCCUAUAUAUUGUUCACCAUGUGGGGCCCGCAUAAAAAGAAACGCGAUGUUUUACACAAUUGGAAGCGGUGAUACACGUCACUAUUUUUGUAUACCCUGUUAUAAUGAAGCACGUGGGGACACUGUAACUGUUGAUGGAACUAAUAUCUUGAAAGCAAGAUUAGAAAAAAAGAAGAAUGAUGAGGAGACUGAAGAACCGUGGGUUCAAUGUGACAAAUGUGAAGCGUGGCAGCAUCAGAUAUGUGCUUUAUUUAAUGGAAGAAGAAACGAUGGUGGACAAGCGGAAUACACGUGUCCAAAUUGUUAUAUGGAAGAAGUUGAGAAUGGGGAGCGGGUCCCACUACCUCAAAGUGCACUUCUUGGAGCAAAAGAUUUGCCAAGAACUAUUCUUAGUGAUCAUAUUGAGAACAGAUUGUUUAAGAGAUUGAAGCAGGAAAGACUAGAUAGGGCUAGGUUUCAUGGGAAAAGUUAUGAUGAGGUUCCUGGAGCAGAAUCACUUGUUGUGAGAGUUGUCUCAUCCGUCGACAAAAAACUGGAAGUGAAACCGAGGUUUCUUGAGAUCUUUCAAGAGGAAAAUUACCCCUCGGAAUUUGCGUAUAAAUCUAAGGUGGUUUUAUUAUUUCAAAAAAUCGAAGGGGUAGAAGUGUGUUUAUUUGGGAUGUAUGUACAAGAAUUUGGAGCAGAAUGCGAACAACCAAAUCAUCGGCGUGUUUAUCUGUCUUAUUUGGAUUCAGUCAAAUACUUCAGACCCGAAAUAAGAACAGUAACAGGGGAAGCCUUACGUACAUUUGUAUAUCAUGAAAUUUUAAUCGGUUAUUUAGAAUACUGCAAAUUACGUGGUUUCACAAGUUGCUACAUUUGGGCAUGUCCUCCAUUAAAGGGUGAAGAUUAUAUCUUAUAUUGUCAUCCAGAAAUCCAAAAAACACCAAAAUCCGAUAAACUAAGGGAAUGGUAUUUGUCGAUGUUGAGAAAGGCUACAAAGGAGAAUAUUGUGGUGGAUCUUACGAAUUUAUAUGAUCAUUUUUUUGUGUCUUCUGGUGAAUGUAAAGCUAAAGUUACUGCAGCUCGUUUGCCUUAUUUUGAUGGUGAUUAUUGGCCUGGAGCUGCUGAAGAUAUUAUUUACCAGCUUAGACAAGAAGAAGAAGGAAGGAAGUUAAAUAAAAAAGGUGCAAUGAAAAGGACCAUAACAAAAAGAGCUUUGAAAGCUUCGGGUCAAAUGGAUCUUUCUGGAAACGCCUCAAAAGAUCUCCUUCUCAUGCAUAGGCUUGGUGAAACCAUAUCCCCAAUGAAGGAAGAUUUCAUAAUGGUUCACUUACAGCAUGCUUGCACUCAUUGCUGUCUCCUUAUGGUGUCUGGAACACGUUGGGUUUGCAACAAUUGCAAAAAUUUCCAGCUUUGCAACAGUUGUUAUGAGAUUGAACAAAACAUUGAGGAGAGAGAAAAACAUCCUAUUAACCAAAGGGUCAAACAUCCACUUUAUCCUGUUGAGAUUAAUGAUGUGGCUACGGAUACGAAGGAUAAGGAUGAGAUUCUUGAGAGUGAAUUUUUUGAUACGAGACAAGCGUUUCUGAGUCUAUGCCAAGGAAACCAUUAUCAAUAUGACACGUUAAGACGGGCUAAACAUUCUUCAAUGAUGGCAUUGUAUCAUCUCCACAAUCCAACAGCGCCUGCGUUUGUCAUCACAUGUGUCGCAUGUCGGUUGGAUAUAGAAACCGGGCAGGGCUGGAGGUGUGAGAUCUGCCCGGAUUAUGAUUUGUGUAACGCGUGUUAUAGAAAAGAUAGAGGAAUCGAUCAUCCUCAUAAGUUGACACAUCAUCCUUCCAUUGCUGAACGUGAUGCACAAAAUAAAGAAGCCCGGCAACUACGGGUUGUCCAGCUUCGGAAAAUGCUUGAUCUUUUGGUGCAUGCGGCUCAAUGUCGGGCACAGUUAUGUCAGUAUCCAAAUUGUAGGAAGGUGAAGGGGCUUUUCAGACAUGGAAUGCAUUGCAAAGUACGUGCUUCUGGUGGUUGUCUUCUUUGUAAGAAAAUGUGGCAUCUUCUUCAGCUUCAUGCCAGAGCUUGUAAAGACACCCCAUGCAAUGUCCCCCGAUGCAGAGACUUGAGGGAACAUUUGAGAAGGCUGAAUCAACAGGCGGACAGUAGGAGGAGGGCGGCGGUUAUGGAGAUGAUGAGGCAGCGUGCGGCGGAGGUUGCUGGCAGCAGUGGCUGAUGGAUGGAUGAGUCAUCAAACUGUAAAUAUAACAACAACAUAUGGAUCAGUCAGGGUCUCAAUGUACAGUUUUGGUUGUUUUGCGUGGCUUGA